GACUGUAACCAGUACGUGUGUUUGUGCCGUUAUUCCAGCUUGAUUACUAUUUUGAAACAUGUCACGGCCGAGUUUAGUAAAUUGCGCAACCCCCCGUGCCGUAGCCUACUGACACUCUGCCCACUUCCCCUCUGAAUGGAGUGCAGAUAAGACAACAGAUAACAUGUGUGAAACCAAAUGCACCAGCUGAACUCCAGGCUGAUCAAACAGCAUGCGGCAUUAUGAGAUGCACUGGUGACGUUCCAAUCCAUCUGCCUGGUUAUGUGAAUGGAAGCCUCGGAGAACAUGCUCAGCUGGGAUGAGGAGUGGAACAUCUCGUUCGCAGGUUGUGGCUUCAGGAGUGUUUACCACCUGGGAGCCUCCAGCUGUAUCCUGGAGCGGGUUCCAUGGCUGAUUCAUGGUGCUUCUAAAAUCGGCGGAGCUUCGUCUGGUUGUCUCGUCGCUGCAGCCCUGACUGUUGGGAUUCCUAUCGAACAGUUCUGUGUCCAUGUGUUGUCGAUGGCGAAAGAGGCCAGGCAACAAACACUGGGCGUUUUCCACCCGACCUUCAGUCUGCUGCGGAGGGUACAGGAGUCCCUGAUGGAGAAACUCCCAGAGGACGCUCACCGUCGGGCCUCAGGGAAGCUCUGCGUGUCCCUCACCCGACUGGCUGAUGGGAAGAACGUUUUGGUGUCAGAGUUCGAGAGCAGAGAAGAGCUCAUUCAGGUUCUCAUGUGCAGCUGCUUUUUCCCUGUUUACUGUGGUUUUACUCCACCUUCAUUCCGUGGAGUGUACUACAUGGACGGAGCCCUGAGCAACAACAUGCCCCUGUUCGAGAACAGAAACACCAUCACCGUGGCCCCGUUCUCUGGCGAGAGCGACAUCUGCCCCAGGGAGGGUACUUUCAACUUCUUCGAUGUGCACUACGGCAACGUCAGCAUCCAGGUCAACACUGGCAACGUGCACCGCAUCUGUACAUCCUUCCUACCUCCUAGACUAGAGAAACUGGCAGAGAUCUGUCACAACGGCUACAUGGAUGCUCUUCGUUUCUUGAGAGAAAAAGAUCUGCUCGGGACACAAUGUCUUCCCUCCAGUUUGGUGUCAGACAUGGACACGGUCAAACCUACUUGUUGUGAGUUGUGGAAGAAAUUGGCUCAAGGGGACGAGUCCGAGAAGAUUCAUCUUAACGGGUUGAAUCCUGCAGCAGAGGAGGAUCACUGGCUUGACCAGAAAGUCAUAGAGAACCUCCCGGAUGAUAUCAAGAAAAGCCUGUGUGAGGUCUGCAGGGAGAGUCCUGGUGGUGUCGGUCCAUGGUCUCAGCUCACAGAGUUCCUUCCGGUCAAGUUGGUUUUGUAUCUGCUGACCUUCCUCAUGCUGCCCAUCGAGCUGAGCCUCUUACUCACCAAAAGUGUGCUACAGUCAGGCUGUGCAGUCAUUUACAGACUGUUGACGUCAGCUACAGAUUUCUGCACUGAAGGAAACAACAGUGCGUUUCGAUGUCGGAACAGGUCCUCAAGCUCAGAUCUGACACCCGACAGGAGCAGACAAAAACAUUAAGCCACAAGUUUACAACAAAUCCCUUCCCUUGGACGCCAACAGUAACCUCAACCCCCUCUCCCUCACCUCCACUUGCACAUUCUUUCUGACCUUCGAACAUCCAAUCUGACUAAAUGUGGCGAGGUGACUUUAAACCACAGAAGUAGACAGACUCAUCAUCCAUAAACCAGCCAGAAAAAAGCAUGGUCAAACAUUGUCACUUAUUAUUUAUGUAAUAUUAAUAAGGAGGCAGAGCUAGUUCAUGAGUACCUUGCUUUUGAGUGACCACCAUUUUAAACAUGGUGAAUAAAUUCAUUCCAGACUUCA